AUGGACAAGGGAAGAGAGAGAAUGGCCGCUGCCGCCGCUGCUGCCGCCGCCGCCGCUGCCGCUCAGUGCCGGAGCCCUCGGUGCGCGGCGGAGAGGAGAGGAUUCCGGCGGGAACUCGACUCUUGGCGCCACCGCCUCAUGCACUGUGUAGGUUUUGAGAGUAUUUUAGAAGGGCUUUAUGGACCACGGCUACGAAGAGACCUCAGUUUAUUUGAAGACUGUGAACCAGAAGAGCUGACUGACUGGUCUAUGGAUGAAAAAUGUUCAUUUUGUAACCUACAGAGAGAAGCAGUCAGUGAUUGUAUACCAUCUCUUGAUUCUUCACAGUCAACGCCAACAGAGGAGCUAUCAUCUCAGGGCCAGUCCCACAGUGAUAAGAUUGAAUGCCAAGCAGAAAAUUACCUAAAUGCACUCUUUCGAAAGAAAGAUCUUCCUCAGAACUGUGAUCCUAACAUUCCCUUAGUUGCUCAGGAAUUAAUGAAAAAGAUGAUACGUCAGUUUGCAAUUGAGUACAUCUCAAAAAGUGGUAAAAUUCAAGAAAAUAGAAAUGGUUCAAUUGGAGCAAGUCUCGUAUGUAAAAGUAUCCAAAUGAACCAAGCAGAGAACUGCCUUCAGGAUGAGCAAGAAGGCCCCUUAGACCUCACUGUGACUCGAACGCAAGAGCAAACUGCUCAGCAAGGGGAUGGAGUGUUAGAUCUCUCUACAAAGAAAACCAGCAUAAAAUCUGAAGAGUCAUCCAUAUGUGAUCCUUCUUCUGAAAAUGCAGUGGCUGGGAGACUACACAGAAACAGAGAGGACUAUGUGGAAAGAAGUGCUGAGUUUGCAGAUGGUUUGCUCUCAAAAGCUUUGAAAGACAUUCAGUCUGGAGCACUGGACAUAAAUAAAGCAGGCAUACUUUAUGGCAUACCUCAAAAAACUUUACUUCUCCACUUAGAAGCCUUACCAGCAGGGAAGCCUGCAUCUUUUAAAAACAAAACUCGAGAUUUCAAUGAUAGUUUCUCAUAUAAAGAAAGUAAAGAAACUUGUGCUGUGCUGCAAAAAGUAGCCUUGUGGGCAAGAGCUCAAACAGAGCGCACAGAAAAAAGUAAACUCAGCCUACUUGAAACCUCAGAAUUAAAAUUCCCAACAGCUUCCAGUUACCUCCAUCAGUUAACUCUACAGAAAAUGGUUACUCAGUUUAAAGAAAAAAACGAAAGCCUUCAGUAUGAAACUUCAAAUCCUACUGUACAGUUAAAAAUUCCUCAGCUACGAGUAAAUUCAGUUUCAAAAUCACAACCUGAUGGUUCUGGCCUGCUGGAUGUCAUGUAUCAAGUUUCCAAAACUUCUUCAGUCCUUGAAGGAUCAGCUCUCCAAAAACUGAAAAAUAUACUCCCUAAACAGAACAAAAUAGAAUGUUCUGGGCCUGUAACUCACUCAAGUGUUGACUCUUACUUUCUACAUGGGGACCUCUCUCCUUUGUGUCUUAAUUCUAAAAAUGGAACAGUUGAUGGAACCUCUGAGAACACUGAAGAUGGACUGGACCGGAAAGAUAAUAAGCAGCCCAGGAAAAAACGUGGCCGCUAUCGACAGUAUGAUCAUGAAAUAAUGGAAGAGGCCAUUGCAAUGGUAAUGAGUGGAAAAAUGAGUGUUUCCAAAGCACAAGGAAUCUAUGGGGUACCUCACAGCACUUUAGAAUACAAGGUAAAGGAAAGAUCUGGAACACUGAAGACUCCUCCGAAGAAGAAACUACGAUUACCAGACACUGGGUUAUAUAUGACAGAUUCAGGGACUGGCAGCUGCAGAAACAGCAGCAAGCCUGUGUAGAUUACUGUUAGAGAACAUGUGUAUGUGUGCGCGUGUGCGUGUGUGCACAUGUGUGUAUGUGUGCGUGCUCGUGUGUGCGUGCGUGUGUUUGUGCGUGCGCGCGCGCGCGCGUGUGUGUGUGUGUGUGUGUGUGUGCGUGAGCAGGUGUGUAUGUGUACAGGGGUGUGUGAGUCUUUGUGUAUGUAUGUAUCUACAUACACACGUGGAAAUUACAAAUGCUCACUCUGACAGGAGACAUGAAAUUUUACAGUUCAAAAACCACUUACAUGCCUUUUGAAAAAGUUUUAUUCAGGGUUUUCACUGUGGACAGAAUUAUAGAGUUGUUUAUUAAUUCUGAUAGUUUGUAUUUAAUCCUUGUAUAAAUAGGUGAAAAAAGAUUCAGGUUUUCUUUAGUAGUCAAUAGCAUAAAAUGUGGGAAAACAAGUAAUUGUCAAGUGAAACAUUUUUUUUAUUGGUAAAAAGAUUCUAGCCAUUCAGUUGAACCAUCUUAUAAUGGAAAUAUAUUAAUAGUUUGUGAACACUUUUAUGUAACAUACCUACAAUGAUUGUGAGUAUGUCAAAGAACCAAUCAAAGUUAAAUAGUUACCUCUGUACCAAGAGUAACUAAUAGAUACAGUAUUAAUACACUACAGUGCAUUCUAUGAAAUACAGAAUGCACUAAAGUGCAUCCACCAGGAUAGAAGAGAAAACCUUAAAGGAUAUGUAUAGUAAAAUUUAAUAUUUAUCAUUUAAUUGUUGAGUUAGCAGGAAGUUGGGGUUAUUAAGUAUAUAAUUUAAAUUUUAAAAAAGCUGACAUAGUUAACCCCAGAAGCUAUAGAAUCCUUUAAUAUAAGAUGGAAUACUAAAAACAAAAAGUAAUUUAAAUUUAAUUAUUAAAGUAAUUUAAUUUUGUUUUUCAUUUGAAAAAUAAGCUAAUGUGUAAGGUUAGAAAAGAAAGUUGGAAUGCAACUUAGAGCAUGUUUAUAAUGUGCACAGAAGAAGCUUGAGAAUGGUCAUUUUGGUUAAAUGUGCUGGUUAGUUGGUGUUAUGACUACUUUAAGGAUUGUGAGACACUCCUACUGAAAAACCUCAGUGUAACUUUAAUAUAUUUGCUGCUGUGACAUUUCAAAACAUUUUCAGUUUAUCAAGAUAAAUUACAGAUUUCCUUUUGGUGGGUGAUACAUUAUCAUUUUGCUAAUAACCAAACUUGCAGUUUGUUCAGGGUCUUGAAUAGAUUUACAGAUAUUUAACACUGACGCUGUUUUGAACUUUCAGUAAUGUAAACUCUUUACUACUUGGAUAUUUAGAAGCUGGGCAGUGCAUUUUAACUUUUACUAGACUCAUAUGAAACCAGUAAUUUUUAUAAGACAGUUUUAAAAAUAUGGGUCAGAGUAUUCAUGUGGGUUUAUGAAGUAUGCAGUUUUGGUAGUAAAGUGUAAUAAAGCAUGUACCUCCAUGUAAAGAAAGGAGAUUUGCUUUAUAGAUGAGAAUCCUCCCCUAUACCCCUUUUCUCUAUUAGAAUUCAGGUUCUGGUCAUGUUCCUAAGCCACUUUUUACAAAUCCAAAAGGAAUUCUUACAGCUGAAUUUAACUAUAAGUGCACCUUGUCAGAUACUUGUGUUGCUGCACUUGUGUUUGUGUGUGUUUUAUAAUCACAUGAACGUGACUCUUCAGCUACUAAACUUUAAAACUGCUUGCAUGUAUUUAAAGAAACUGAAGAAUGAGAAAAUGUAUGACCAGGUAACCUCUUGGUCUCUAAGAUCUGUACUGAACACUUUCAGCUGUUAACAUUACCUGCAUACUAGGGUAUGAAUCCUCUUGAUCUUUUUCUUCCCCCAAGAAAAUAUACUUAAUAGAUUACAAGACAGCAUUUGUCAGGGUCAUCUUUCUUUUUAAAGAAUUAAGCCAUAUUUUGUGAGGACCGGAACAUGGAUUAUUUAUUAUACUUCCCCCUCCUCCCAUUAAAAAACAAAGUUAAAAAGUAAAUGCUUCAAAAACAAUUUUCUUGACCUCUUUAUACAGAAUUUUACUUGCAAAACUUUGGGAGCUCGAAUGCAUUACAUAAUAUUUAUAUUGUAUUGAGCUUUUUUAUUCCUCACUAUAUUUACAUUGAUAAAUUGAUUGAGAAGUUUAUAGUAAAGGGAAACU